AUGUGGACUCAACGUCCACAAUUUGAAGCUAUUGUUGGAAUACAAAAAUUGAAGGAUGCAAAAUCAGAAGCUGAUGAGGAUAGAAAAGGACUAAAGCAGGCUCAGAUACAGUUGCAGAGAAAUCCAACAAGUGCAGCUCAUCAACAAAUAGAGGCUCAGGAAUAUGCAAAAUUCAGACAGACUUCCUACCUGGCUGAAAUUUACUUACAGCAAAGAAGUAAAGCUACAUGGAUAAAAUUAGGGGAUGAUAGAACAAGGUACUUUUAUUCAGUAAUAAGGCAUAGAAAACUGAAACAAGCAACUACACAAUUAAAGGACUCAACUGGAAAUUGGCAGACAGAUGCUGAAGUUAUUGCAGGACUAUUUAUCAAUUACUAUGAGCAAUUAUUGGGAAGGAGAGCACAUACUAGAGUGCCAGCAUUAAAAAGCAUUCUGAGGAAUGGCCAUGUUCUCACUAUUGAGAAACAUAUCACAUUAGUAAGGCCCUUUGCAGAGAAAGAAGUGAAGGGAGCAAUAUUUCAAAUUGAUGGUAAUAAAAGCCCUGGUCCAGAUGGGUAUGGUAGUGGCUUUUACAAGGCAGCAUGGAAGAUUGUGGGAUGGGAUGUUACAGCAACUGUGAUAGAAUUUUUUCAGAAUGGACAUUUUCUUAAACAGCUCAAUUCAACUGUAAUAGCACUUAUUCCAAAGGUGGAAGCCCCGGAAGAAGCUAGCCAAUAUAGGCCAAUAUCAUGCUGCAAUGUGUUGUACAAAUGCAUAUCUAAGUUGAUUUGCAAUAGACUGAAAGUGGUUGUGAACCAACUGGUAGCAGAUAAUCAAUCAGCAUUUGUCCAGGAGAGGUCCAUGUUACACAAUGUCCUAAUAUGUCAUGACAUCUUGAGACACUACAAUAGAAAGAUAUCUCCUAGAUGA